GCGGGUAGAGCCGGGGACCCCGUGCGGACGCGGAGACCCCCCCCCCGGGUUUCCUCCUCCCGGCUGCGGCCUGCGGACCCCCAGGGACAGAGGCGGGGGACCCACUCUCCUUUGGCUCCGGGGUGAGAACCCCUAUCCAGGCCUGGCUGCUGGAGGAACUCGGGGUCCCCUGGCCCCUGCCCUAGGCUGCCCCAUGCUAGCCCCCGCCUCAAGGACGGGAUGGGGGCGUUUCACCGGCGUUCUCCCUGGGGACCCCAAGAUGGGGAGACUGAGGCACAGAGCUGGACAGUGACUCAGACACCAGGAACCGCCUGGAGUGAUCUGAGAGCCCAGAUCUGGGCUCAGCUGGUGCAAGGUGCAAAUCUCCUGUCACUUCCUGGCUCUGCGACUUUUGGCAGGCACCGGACAGGGACCUGGGGGGUCCCCACAGAGGCCAUCGGGAUGUCGUAUUUUGGGGAGCAUUUUUGGGGCGAGAAGAACCAUGGCUUUGAGGUCCUGUACCACAGCGUGAAGCAGGGACCCAUCUCCACCAAGGAGCUGGCGGACUUCAUCCGGGAGAGGGCGGCGGUGGAGGAGACGUACUCCAAGGCCAUGGCGAAGCUCUCCAAGCUGGCCAGCAACGGCGCGCCCGUGGGGACCUUCGCCCCGCUCUGGGAGGUCUUCCGCGUGUCCUCGGACAAGCUGGCGCUCUGCCACCUGGAGCUGACGCGGAAGCUGCAGGACCUCAUCAAAGACGUGCUCCGCUACGGGGACGAGCAGCUGAAGGCGCACAAGAAGUGCAAGGAGGAAGUGACGGGCACCUUGGACGCCGUGCAGGUGCUGGCGGGGGUCAGCCAGCUGCUGCCCAAGUCCCGCGAGAACUACCUGAACCGCUGCAUGGACCAGGAGCGGCUCCGCAGGGAAAGCGGGAGUCAGAAGGAAAUGGACAAGGCAGAGACCAAGACCAAGAAGGCGGCGGACAGCCUGCGCCGCUCCGUGGAAAAGUACAACUCGGCCCGGGCCGACUUCGAGCAGAAGAUGCUGGACUCGGCCCUGCGCUUCCAGGCCAUGGAGGAGGCCCACCUGAGGCACAUGAAGGCGCUGCUGGGCUCCUACGCCCACUCCGUGGAGGACACGCACGUGCAGAUCGGGCAGGUGCACGAGGAGUUUAAGCAGAACAUCGAGAACGUGAGCGUGGAGGCGCUGCUCAGGAAGUUUGCAGAGAGCAAGGGCACGGGCCGGGAGAGGCCGGGGCCGCUGGACUUCGAGGCGUACAGCGCGGCCGCCCUGCAGGAAGCAAUGAAGCGUCUGCGCGGAGCCAAGGCCUUCCGCCUGCCAGGACUCAGCCGGCGCGAGCGGGAGCCCGAGCCACACGCGGCCGCAGACAGCCCGGAGCCCGGUUCCGAGACGAGCCGGGAGGUGGAUGAAGACGGCUUCACCGUCCGGCCUGAGGUGACGCAGAACAGCACGGCCGAGCCCUCCCGCUUCUCGUCCAGCGACUCGGACUUCGACGACGAGGAGCCUCGCAAGUUCCACGUGCACAUCAAGCCCGCCGCGGCCCGGGCCCCCGCCUGCAGCCCCGAGGCGGCUGCCGCACAGCUCAGGGCCACAGCCGGCAGCCUCAUCCUUCCGCCCGGCCCAGGGGGCACCAUGAAGCGCCACUCUGCACGGGACGCGGCCGGGAAACCGCAGAGGCCUCGGUCUGCCCCGAGAGUCAGCAGCCCCGGAGAGGAGCCGGAGGUGGCCCCGAGGAGAGCUGGGGGGACCGAGUUCAAGGCCGGCGAGAGCACGUGCAAAGGCCCUGAGGCGGGACCCUCCCCUCUUGGCCUCCCCGUGCCUAGCUGUGUGGAGAAGCUGCAGCCGGAGGAGCAAGCGGCCAAGAACCUCUUCGGGCCGCCCCUGGAGUCGGCCUUUGACCACGAAGAUUUUACAGGCUCCAGCAGCCUGGGCUUCACCUCCAGCCCCUCCCCUUUCUCCUCCUCGUCGCCCGAAAACGUGGAGGACUCCGGCCUGGACUCGCCGUCCCACGCGGCGACGGGCCCCUCCCCGGACUCCUGGGUCCCCCGCCCGGGCACCCCGCAGAGCCCGCCCGGCUGCCGGGCGCCGCCCCCCGAGUCCAGGGGGGUGCGGGUCCUGCCGCCGCCGGACUCGCCGCAGCCCUGCGCGCCCUCUCCGGGCCCCUGGGGGCUGGAGGCCCUGGCAGGGGGAGACCCGACGCCUGCCCCCGGCGACCCCACAGCCCGGGAGGGCCUGGCAGCCCCGCCCCGGAGACCCCGCGCCAGGAAGGUGUCCUGCCCCCUCACCCGGAGCAACGGCAACCUGUCUCGCUCCCUGAGCCCCUCCCCGCUGGGCUCUUCGGCCACCAGCGCUGUCCCGGAGCGGCCCAGCUUCUCGUGCCAGACGGGACAAGCACCCCCAGGCGUGUCCCGGGGCCCAAGCCCUGUGGUCCUGGGCUCCCAGGAUGCCCUGCCCGUGGCCACGGCCUUCACCGAGUACGUCCACGCCUACUUCCGCGGCCACAGCCUCAGUUGCCUGGCCCGGGUCACCGGAGAACUGACCAUGACGUUCCCUGCGGGCAUCGUGCGCGUGUUCGGCGGCACCCCGCCCCCGCCCGUCCUCAGCUUCCGGUUGGUCCACGCGGGCCCCAUCGAGCAGUUCCAGCCCAGCGCGGAUCUGCUCUUCAGCGACCCCUCCCAGAGCGACCCCGAGACCAAAGACUUCUGGCUCAACAUGGCAGCCCUGACCGAGGCCCUGCAGCGCCAGGCGGAGCAGAACCCCACGGCCUCCUACUACAACGUGGUGCUGCUGCGGUACCAGUUCUCCCGGCCGGGCCCGCAGGCCGUGCCGCUGCAGCUGAGCGCGCGCUGGCAGUGCGGGGCGGCGCUCACGCAGGUCGCCGUGGAGUACAGCUACCGGCCCGGCGCCACGGCCGUGCCCACGCCGCUCACCAACGUCCAGGUGCUGCUGUCGGUGGCCGAGCCUGUGACCAACGUCCGCCUGCAGCCUGCCGCCACCUGGAACCUGGAGGAGAAGCGGCUUCUGUGGAAUCUUCCAGACGUGUCCGAGGCAGGCGGCUCUGGCCGCCUGUCCGCCAGCUGGGAGCCGCUGUCGGGGCCCAGCACCCCCAGCCCCGUGGCGGCGCAGUUCACCAGCGAGGGGGCCACCCUGUCAGGCGUGGACCUGGAGCUGGUGGGCAGCGGCUACCGCAUGUCGCUGGUGAAGAGGAGGUUCGCCACAGGCAUGUACCUGGUGAGCUGCUGAGCGCCGAGUCCCGCCCUGGUGCUGCCCGGCUGUCCGCGCCCUCCUGUUGGCCGCGGGGUCCCCUGCCCCGGCCUCCCCGAGGCCCGGCCUCCCCGGGG